CAAACGAUAUUACUGGAGACGCAUCGAAGAACUGCUGCUGAAAAUGGCUGAAAACAUCAAAAAGCUUACUUGGUCCGACAAAAACAUCAAAGUGGUGCAAAAAGCGAGCGAUCUGGAUGUGUUCGACGAUGACCCUGGCGUGCUGAGAGUGGAGAUGUCUUGCGGUCACGUCGCAGACCCGAUGUCUCUGACCGACUGCUGCCGAGCUCAGCUGCUAAACGGAGACGCUGUUUUUAAGUGCCCACUGUGUGAGAGCGAAUGGCCUUACGACGAAGUCCGAAAAUCAGCCAAACUUACGAAUAACGAGCGAAUAGGUUUCGAGGAUCUUCUCGGAACCAACGCCGCCAAGAAGUCGGGCAUCAAGGAUUGUCCUCGCUGUGGGACUUUUAUAGAGAGGCUGUACGUCUCCAAUCUCUGCGUGGAGUGCUGCGUUUGCACCAAAAGGGCCGGGAAAGCGUAUAAAUUCUGCUGGCGGUGUCUGAGAGCGUGGAAAGGGCCCGGGCCUCGCUCCGAUCACUGUGCAAAUGUGGGCUGCAGCAUCGGCGACCGGGAGACGCUCCAAGACUGUCCCAUGGUCACUUUAAGACAUAUCGAGAACGUCCGGUGUCCAGCGCUGCGGUCCUGCCCGGCCUGCGGCGUGGCGAUCGAGCACUCGAAGGUGGGAUGCAAGAUCAUGACGUGCCGUAAUUGUGGCAAAGCGUUUUGCUUUCUCUGUCUGAAACCUGCUCAAGAGUGCCUUGAAACGUCUCGGCCGUACACGCUGUGCACGGAUGAAGUGGCCCCGAAGCAGCGAGACGCUGAAACACUGUGAAAAUACACCGAUGCGUAAUCUACAAAUAAUUAGGUAUACAUGCACGCAAUGGAUAUAUAUACCUAGAAUCAUUGUGUGUGAUUUUUAAAAAAACGUACUUUGUUAUUGACAUUUUUUGAGGGAUACUGCACCUCAUCAAAUAAUGACAUGCAAUCGUAGAUAUAGAGCUAGUUUAAUCUGUAAUAUAGUGUUUCUGUCGAUGAUACUCGAUCAUUUCAUGUGUAUGCAUUUGCUCUGAAAUUAAAUGAAGCAAUAAUAAUUGUAAUGGUAAUGAAAUCUGUAAUGAAAAUCACUGUUUUUGUUAAUAAACGGCGUGCUAAGUUGCGUGUUAUUGGGUAUGUUAUUACAAUACAAUAUUAAAUGA